AUGAGCUCCUCUGCUGGAAAACAGAUCGUACAAUAUGGCCUUACAGAAGUCUUCUCGGUGGCAGACCCUCUAGUCGACGUCGUCUUCGUGCAUGGAUUGAACGGGCAUCCCCACGAGACCUGGUCCACCAAAAAGCCGAACGUGUUCUGGCCUGCCGACCUCCUCCCUACGGCCCUCAACGAGCAAAGACCCCGAAUUCUGACCUACGGCUAUGAUGCAAAUGUGACCGCCUUCACAGAUGGCGUCUCCAAAGAUAAGAUACACAAUCACGCAGAACAUCUCGCGAGCCGAUUAGUAGCCAACCGGUCGUUGAGAAAAGCCACCGAAAGACCCAUCAUUUUCGUCUGCCAUUCCCUCGGAGGCCUGGUGGUCAAAAGAUGUUUGAUAUACUGUCAGAGCAUUCGACAUCACCAACACACCGAAAGACUGCGAUCAAUUUAUAUCAGCACUUACGGCAUUCUCUUUCUUGGAACUCCGCACAAUGGUUCUGACCUCGCAAAAUGGGGCUCUCUGCUGGAGAAGAUCUGUGCUGUUGCACUUCCCAAGAAAUUCUUCGACACAUCUCCGCAACUGGUGCAUGCAUUGCAGACUAACAAUGAAACGCUGCAGAAUAUCAAUAGACUCUUCAUCGAGAUCAUAGGGCGGUUCCACAUCUACUUCUUCCAUGAGUCGAAGCCUACCGACUUGAAGGGGACUCGAGUAUUCGUCGUCGAGGAGGAUUCUGCUGCCCCCGUCUUUGAAGGAGUUGAAAGAACGGGCAUUGAGAAGGACCAUAGCCAUAUGUGCAAAUUCGAGAACGAAUCAAGCCCUGGUUACGAUGUCGUCGCCGAGGCUAUCCAAAGAUACGCCAUUGGUGCUCAAUCUCUCAUCCGUUCCCGUUGGGAGGAAGAGAAACGAGUAGCUGAAUUUGAAAAGCAAGCCGCUGCACGUGAAUUGUUGGGUGAUAGCAUUUUCCAACGGAGCGCAGGGGCGUCGGGCACGGUUACACCGUCUACCGGAAUCGCGCAAACGAGCCAGUCAAAUCCAAUGAGUGCGCCUCCUCCCAAACAGAUCUCCGCGUCAGCUUCACCCCCGUAUGAGGUUGAAGAAGUCGACGAAGAUUUUGUCACUGCACCUCAGGACUCUACAAGCUCAAUUCGAAUGAUUGAACAAUCUUUAGCAUACUCCUCUACUUCCCUCGUUGUUGCUCCAGUUGGCUUCCGCCCCAAUUCAAUUUUCCUUGGCUUUCAGUUGGAAAUGGACCAGCUGGUUCAGAAACUAGCAAACCAGAAAAGACGAGCUUUGGGAACAUGUGCCGUUUUGCUGUGGGGUCCGCCGGGUUGUGGAAAGAGUCAGAUCGCACGAGAAUAUCUGUGGCGGCAUCGAAGUGAGUACCCAGCUGGAUGCUUCUGGGUCGACUCCAAGACCAAGGAAUCACGAUCGAAGAGUUUCUGGGAUAUUGCUCAAGCUGUCGCGAUACUUGGAAAAGACGAACCACGAGACCCGGGGUGGGAUGAGUCGUCAAGAUUUGUCGACACGGUUCGGAAAUGGUUUGAAACCCGAGAAGGCUGGCUGCUCAUCUUUGAUGGAGUGACGACUGAUAAUGACGACGACAUCGAAGCCUUUGUUUCUUACAUUCCGGAUCGGUCAGGCAACAACAUCAUCUACACAUCGGUGGAUCGAACGCUGGCAAAGCGGCAGAGACUACUCAAUCCGGCAGGCGUUAAAGUGUUCCCGUUGUCACAACAUGAUGCAUGUGCGCUCCUCUACAAGAACCUUGGGAUCAGAUCACCAAAUGAAACGCAGGUCAAAAAAGCGACCCAGUUAGUGAAGCACUACGAAUGCCUACCUCUUGCUGUCCACGCUGCCGCUCAUGCCUUGAUCGCAAGGGGGACAUCGCUCGAGAAGUUCAGUCCCGGAACUUCCGAUCACCGGCUUGCGGACCCCUAUCUUGACAUCAUCUCAGCCCUGAGAGAGCAUUCGCACCCCGAAGCCGUCAAUCUGGUUACAGUGCUUAGCUUUUUCGCGCACGUGAUACCAGUCGCUCUCAUUCGCUUUGGACAACCUGCUUUGCAAGAAUUUGGUGUUGAGAUCCGUUCUAUUGAGCAGAUAGGAAGUCUGAAGAAAGAAUUAGACAACACGAUUGCAGUUCUUAUACGGUAUGGGCUGGUCGAGCGGACGUUGCAAGAAUAUUGUGUCACGCCAUCAAAAGCGUCUUUUGCGCCAGAAGAAUCGGAGAGGACGCGAGCUAAUAGUAAUGGUACUGUUGGUACAGCCCGGACCACAGCUGAAAUGGAGCGACUCGAACCGCGAUUGCUCAAGGAUGACUCUAGCAGUCUGGAAGGGUUAGUUGAGGCUCAUGCGGACAGCAAGUUGGAUGGGUCAUCUUCGCAGUCGGUGACCUACAGCAUUGACAUUCUCCGCAUCCACAGCGUUGUGCAAAACGUACUCCGGGAUGAACUGAAACUUCGAUAUGCAGAUCAGCCAGCACAUUACUGGUGGUGGCUCUGCGUCGCCUCAAAAAUGUUGUGCCACUCCUAUACAGUCGCAGAUGGCAAGAUUAAAAGCACCGAUGGACGAGGUCUUGUGCGCGACUAUCGCGACUAUGAGACGCAGGCAGCCCGUCUAUGGUCACAUUUCCCCAAAUCGUCCUCUGAUGCCUCGCCAACCCUGCGCAAGACACGGCACAAUCUUCACGAAACGAUCAGAUCGAUCAAGAAAGAAAUCCAGAGCCAAUCUCCAUCACAAUCUAUUGAUAGUCUUCACCAUCGAGUACAAUUCUCCGUAUUUGAGCGAGCCAGCAGCACAUCUUCAGACAGUCCCGGUACCGAAAGCAGUGCUCUGACCAGGACAUCCACCUGGACGCCUGAACAUACCGACGACCAAACUGAAUCGCCAAUCCAAUUGCAUCUCGGGCUGAACUUGGAUGAUGAAGAGUCUGAGGGGAGCUGGACUGACAGAUGGUCGCAAUCUGGAAUGGACAACUCUAAAGUCCUGAUCCCAAGCACGAACCGAAGCCGGCGCCCGAGCAAUUCUGACAUGUAUACGAUUACACCCACAGAAGCCAGCUUCGGCACUACCCGUCAAUCCUCGGUGCUGCAGGCGAUAUUUCAAGGGCGGCCUGCCCAGUCCAAAAGCCCUAGGGACCUUGGAGAGUGGAAACCCAUGCCAGUUCCGCCCACAGUAUCCCACGAACAGGCACAGAUCCAGUCGAGAGCCUCGUCGUUCACGAGCGGCAGCGAUGACCGGACCGCGAGGCCCACCUCUACAGGAUCUGAAGCAUCAGGAGCUCUGGCAGCCAUUCACCGAGCCAGUCCACCACCCACAAGAGGAGGAAGGAUAAAAUCACCUACGCGUCUACAAUGUACAAGGCCGACAUCAGACGAAGGACGUGUGCCACUAUCCAUUAGAUCUCCCAACCAGAAAAUAUCACCCCUGACCACAGAGUUUCUCCCAAGUUUAUCUCUUCCAACAUAUGAUUCGUCCGAAAUGUCUCGAAGGCAUAGUAGGCACCCCUCUUCAUCGCCGCGAUUGAUGCAAACUACGUUGAACAAUCAAGCGGUAACGAGGAUUGUCCCGUCAAGCUCCGGGGACGAGAAUUUCUCUCUUCCCCAGCCUCCAAAAUUUUCCGGCAUGCAGCCACGCCUCAAGCAUGUUCCAGCUCAAGAAGGUGAUGGUCGGCUUUCUGCGAAGUCCGCCCGAACAGGCUAUAGCUCGCAGCCCAUGUCCCGAGAUACAUCUAGGGAUUCGAAUACAUCACAUGCAACAGCGCCUCCAGCAGUACCGGGUUCGGCGUCACUUAGCACGUCUCCGCAAAUACGGGAGCCUUAUCUAUACAGCAGACCGGGACUAGCCUCCAUUGAUGUGGCAACAGCAAAUUUGUGGGACGACGAGUUGGCUGCUGUUGGUGAUCUGGGUAAUAUCUCUCCGUUGGCAUCUAGUAUAUCCUUCAACGGCGGUGACAUUUUCGAGAGAGAUCACGAGAGACUCGGGAGCAGUGUUCAGUUUGGGCAGAUGUCUCCAGUAGAACUUGAUAGAGCACGAGCGCGUGUCUCAUUGGCUCGCGGACGGAGUAUGGACGGGAGGUUGCAGAAAAGCAACAGCGAAAGAGCCAUUCCAGAAGUGGAUAGGAUUUGA